AUGAUACCCUUUCGGCUACUCACUUUAACUUUAUUCGUCGCUGUUUCUGCUGGAUCUUGCCCAGAGGGAAGCUAUUCAAUUCCAAAUGAAAACAUCUGUGUCUUUCCGAUGCCUGAUUCACAAUACUACAUCGAUGCAGUUCGUCGAUGUUUAAAAAUCGGAGGAAUGACGGCGAAAAUCGCUAACGUUUUUGAGAACGGCUUCAUCUCAUCACUUUUGUUCACAUUUAACGGUACAGCACCCUAUAUCGGAAUCGAGCGAAAAAGUGAUAAUCGUUGGGUGUACGCGGAUGGAUCGCCGUUAACCUAUCAGAACUGGGCUACGGGGGAACCGAAUCUCAAUAGCAGCACGAACUUUUGUGCAUUAAUGGAUCCGGGAACUGGGAAAUGGGUGUCGACCGAUUGUUUUUCGACACGACCAUAUCUCUGUACUGGCAAAGAUCUUGAUGUUUCAACUGAUUGUCUGGAUGGAUGGAGCUAUUUUCGGGGAACAGAUUCUUGUUAUUAUCUUUGGAAUUUUACCUAUGUGAAUGGUAAUAGUCAAUCGUACUACACCUGGGACGAUGGCGUGCGAAACUGUAAAGAGCUUUCAUCAUCGGCAAAUUUGGCCUCAAUUCAUUCGAUGGCUGAGAACGACUUUCUUUAUGAUCUGGUGCAGACUUACUACCCAACGUGCUCUACUUUGGCUACUGAUGUUGGUGCUUGGAUUGGAUUUACUGGAAAUUACAAAAACGGCAAUUGGAGUGAUGGAUCUCCAUUCGAUUUUGUCGACCCCAAUAUCCAGGAAAUUGACGAUUCCUAUCGUUGGGUGAUUUCAAAUGUGCCUGCAUGUAACUAUCGUAGAUGGUCUUGGAUGCAAGAAAAUCGGUUUCCAGCUCGCUUCAUAUGUGAAAUGCCUUCGAAUCAUCGACUUGGAUUAGAAAAAGUCGGAAAG